GUGUUACAGAAUUUCACUGAUCAUGAACAAAAAGCCUGAGCGGAUCCUGAAUCACAUCCGGGAGAUUCUCUACCUGCUGACAGGAGAGCGUGUGAAUAACUCGCUGACAGCGAGUGACAUGACCGGGGACAAGAUGACAACAGAGAGGAUACUGACUCACACCCUGCAGAUCAUGUACCUGCUGACAGGGGAGGUGCCUAUAAAGUGUGAUGAUGUUGCUGUGUAUUUCUCUAUGGAGGAGUGGGAGUAUAUAGAGGGACACAAGGAGCUUUACAAGGACGUCAUGAUGGAGACUCACCAAGCACUAAGGACUAUGGAGAUCCCAGGAAAUGAGAGCUCAGAUGAAAAUUAUGCUAAGAUUUCAUGUAACACGGAACAAUCCGAAGAUCAGUGGCAAAGAAAUAUGCCAGAAGCUGCAAAGCAGGAACUAUGUGACAAUAUAAGUACAGGUGAAUUCACAAACUGCAAUAAUCCUAGUCAUAAUCAGAGUGCAGAUGCUUCUUUACAUCUUCUUCAAAAUCAAAGAAGCUACGUGGGAAAUUCAUGUUCUGAAUGUGGUUUGGACUUCCUCAGAGAAUUGAGUCUGAUAGAGGUACUCAUUUCACAAGUGAAGUGA